AUGAAGGUCCAAACUAUCUGGGGAUGGAUGUUCCUAGCGAUGGGCGCCGGCGCGAUGGAUUGUUACCUCUCGCCCGACAAAAGCACCUUCAACAGCUUCGACGACCUCCACUCGCGCCUUGACGGCUGCACCACAAUCAUCGCCGCCGAAAUCCUCCUGGACGGCCUACGCGGGUUCCUGGAUCUCCCCGACAUCGUCAACAUCACCGGCACAAUCACCGCCUCCGGUGUCCGCGCCCCAACCGAGCGCCUGCGGGGCAUCAAUAUGCCCAACCUGCGAUUCGUGGGCGGGGUGGACGUUCGCGCCUGCAUCUACAUGGAUUACUUUGGGUUUGGGCAGGUGAAAGAUGUUUCGGGGGCGGUUUAUAUCCAGAGCCCCGAGUCCGGGGCGAGGCUUGAGUUUGGGAAUUUGACGCGUGCGGACUCGGUGACGCUGAAGGGGACCUUUUCUUCGGUCCAUUUCGACUCGCUGGAGACGGUCGACAAUGAUGUGAUUAUCGAAAGCUGCGAUGGAUGUUCGCCUGGUAAUAUCGAUCGCCCUGAUCCGGACGAUCACCUGUCGGUCACCUUGCCUUUGCUUGCUUCGAUGGGUUAUUUGAAGAUAGCCGGGCUCAUUGGCCGCAUCUCUCUCCCUGCACUCAAAGCCACGGAUGCAGAUAUCCACAUCAACGCCCAGUAUCCACUCGACAUCAAUCUCCCGCUCGAGAGUGCGAAUUCGAUUGAUCUGCAAGGGCGCAUUACUAGCGUCCACCUCCCCAACCUCUCGGCAAACACACCCCUCUCCCUCAACUCAACCUACGAGUGCGACGACUCCGACUCCCUAACGGACGUCACCUGCCCAAUCCCCCAAAACCUAAGCAAUAGAGAGCGGAUCGGCAUGGGCGUUGGGAUAGCAGCUGGUGUAGCGUGUGUAGGUCUCGGUGUGUGGUUUCUUUGGCGAAGAAGGCGGCAGAGCAGGGAGAAAUUAAUCAAGGCUCGUAGGGAGGCCGGCCGCCGUGCUGGUCAUGAUGGGGUUGACGGUGUGGAUAGUACGACCGAGCUGGUGGGGUUGGAGUCGAAUGGAGCGGGCUCUGGUCGGCAAGCCAGGCCGAGGACGCCGCCGCCGGCUUAUGCGCCGUAG